UUUGCGUAAAAUGGAACGUAAACUUGUUUGUGCUUUGCUUGUUGUUUACUAUUUAUGUAGAGUUUUUUAAACUGUCGGUGUAUUACUCAGUAUUUUAAUACUUUUACUGAAAAAAAUGGAGCUGGGUGAUGAGAGAACACCUGAAGAUGUUAGGAAAGUAAUCAAAAUAGCUAAACUUCAUGAAUCUGAGUUGACAGAAAUUACCCAAAUACUAAGAUUUCCUGAUCCAAGCAAACGAAAUGAUAACUUAAAACUUAUGCAACUCGAUGACAAUUUACUUAAAAUAAUAGAAGAAGGCAAAGAACUAAUUUUCAAAGGAGAUCCAGACGAAAAUGUAGUACUAUGCACUAGUGAUAAGACUUACGACGUCAAGGAAGCGGAAACAUCUAACAGUUUACUUUUGGUACCCGACUUGUUGUUUGCUGCUGCUACGGGCAUGGAUGAAACUAAGAAAAAUAAUUCCAUGGAAGGUGAUUCAGACACGUCGUUUGAUAAAUCGAAUUCCAGUCUGAAUAAAUCUACGGAAUCUGAUGAGGGUGUUAAAAGUCCAAGGAUAAUUCAAAACAAAGAUAUUAUGAAUACUUUCUUCACAUAUUAUGAAUUAAAACCAUGCAAACCUCGCUUAUCAAAGUUAAGAAAAACCUUGGAACCGACUAGAUACCAAGGAUCUGAGCUAGAAUACGCCGUAGAUAAAGCUAAGUUAUUAACUUAUGAGAUGAUAUUUGAUCAAACUCAGGCGUCUAGGACAGAGCUAAAUGCCGAAUUAAAGAAAUGUCAAGCUAUUGAAAUCGAUGGAUAUUAUCGUUUGCUUGAUUUCGAUUAUGAAUUUCGCGUGUUGUCUUACAUGCUUGAUUUAAUAGAGGAGAAUUCGUGGCCUUUAGAUAGAAUUUCUAAAGAGAUCACAUUAGACAGUUUGAAAGAUCUGGUACCACUUACUAUUCUGGAUUCAAUGUUUGAAUUCUAUAGUGUUGAAUCAGUGAUCGACGAUGGUGUUCAAUAUUACCAAUAUAAGCAAGAUAAAGUAUGCAAAUUCUUAGCCAGAGUUUUACUUAAAAGUGCAGGAAAAUUUAAUCUUGUCGAAUUUCUACAAGCAUGGAAAGAUUCCGUUCCUGAAGGAAUGACUCCUGAUGAAUCUUUGUUGUCUGGAAUAGCAUUAAUCGACAAAACUACUACUCCAAAAGUAGUAUGGGGAUUUGUGGAAAGCGACCUACCAGAAGAAAUCAAUGAACGUUUCAAGAUACUAUUUCAAGCAAGGCCGAAGUGGACAGUCGAGGAAAUAUCGCCAUACAUAGAAUGCUAUGCCACAGAAAAGAUGAAUGUCAAUGCUUUAUUAACGAAAUAUGCCAGAGCCUCUACACAAGAUGGACUCAGAGUAUUUUCUGCAAAACAUAUGAAGUAAUCUAAUAAAAAAAAAUAUUUUAAACCACUUAUAUAAUUAAUUACAAUAAAACAAUCGUGUAAAGUAUAUGCCUUUUU